UUUUUUUGCUGUGGGGAUCCAUUUAAUGCUGAAGGAGUAGACUUGCUGAAAGAAAAUGAUGAAAUAUGCGGUAUUUUCUCAGACCCUAAGGUUUCAAACGGUGACAAUGUUAGAAUGGGAUCUCGGCCGUGGAUGGCCCUACUCGAGUAUAAUACGACACAGCCUUUUAGAGCACGGUUUAAAUGUGGCGGCACUCUGAUUACUUCGAAAUUUGUCUUGACGGCUGCGCACUGUAUCAAAGAUACCCUGGUAUCCGUUCGUUUAGGAGAAUAUGAUCUUAAUAAGACCGAUGACUGUGUGUUCUUUGGCAAUGAGAAAAUAUGUCUGGAUAGUCCCCUGGACGUCCCCAUAGAAAAAAUGUUCGUUCACGGGGGAUUUAAUAAAACAAGAUUAGUGAACGAUAUAGCGUUGAUCCGCCUAAAAGACCCAGUCCGCUUCACCGAUUGGAUUCGACCCAUAUGCCUUCCAAUGUCACUAGAUCUUCAGUUGGAGAGUCAAAGUACAACCAAACCACUGGAGGUAGUCGGCUGGGGGAUUACGGAACUUAAUCAACUCUCAAACGUCCCCAAAAAGGCAUUUAUUAGACGUCUGCCAUUAACCCAGUGCAUCUUCGAUAUAAGGGACAAACGAUUCUGCGCCACGGCCGAUGAAGUCGAUAGCUGCCAGGGUGACUCCGGUGGACCUCUGGCGUUUCACGCUUUAUACAAUGGAAAACAGCGUUUGGUUCAACUGGGAAUCGUGAGCUACGGGUACGAGAAGUGUCGUGAACAUCCAUAUGCGUUCUAUACUGAUGUUGCUGAAUAUAUGGGUUGGAUAACCGAAACCAUUGCGAAACAAGAAAAUGGCCCUUAACUGAA